AGCGGUUUUGCCAAUAACGGGAGUUAUAAAGUGAUUCUGAAAACCCACUGAUCGAUGCUCGUGAUUAGCUAGUAAACGAGACACGUAUUACACCUCUAUAGCUAACUUGUUUAAGAUCUUGAGUUUACUAGCUAACAUUAUUAGUUAGACGAUUUGCGGACGAGUACAGUAGAUUAUAGCUAGUUACACAACCGGCUUGCCCAGAUAUCAAUAUUCAUUCAGUCACUGAAAAACAAACAUGUCACAGACGCGUCGUUUCCAGUCUUGGACAGAGUUGAAACAAGCAGGCAACGAAUUCUUUAAAAAUGGACAGUAUGGGGAGGCUGCUUCUAUUUACAGCCAGGCUAUCAAAGAAGUGGAGAAGUCAGGAAAGAAGAAUCCAGAGGAUCUUAGUAUCCUGUAUUCUAACCGUGCAGCCAGUUAUCUGAAGGAUGGAAAUUGUUGGGAGUGUGUGAAGGACUGUACAGUAUCUCUUGACCUAGUUCCGUUUGGCAUCAAGCCUCUCCUUCGCCGGGCUGCAGCGUAUGAAGCAUUGGAGAGAUACCGAUUAGCCUAUGUGGACUACAAGACAGCCUUACAGAUCGACUGUAACAUACCUGCAGCCCAUGAUGGUACCAGCAGAAUGACGAAGUGUCUGACAGAGGUGGAUGGACUCUCAUGGCGAGAGAAGCUCCCACUUAUUCCCACUGUUCCGAUGGCCGUCAAAGAAAAAUUAUCUCUGGCAACAAGCCAACAAACAAAGCAACACAAUGGCACCAGAGAAAAUGAGAAAUCUGUCCCAGGAGAGGAUUCCAUUAAAAAAUCCCAUACCCUGAAAGAGGAAGGCAAUGCGCAGGUGAAAAAAGGAGAGUACAAGAAAGCCAUAGAGAAAUACACUCAGAGCCUCAAACACAAUUCCUCAGAAAUAACAACCUACACAAAUAGGGCACUUUGCUACCUCUCUGUGAAGAUGUACAAGGAGGCAGUGCAAGAUUGUGGAGAGGCCCUGCGACUCGACUCCGCUAAUAUCAAGGCACUGUACAGACGAGCACAGGCACACAAGGAGCUGAAAGACUACAAAGCUUGCAUUGAAGAUCUAAACAGCUUGCUGAAAGUUGAGCCAAAGAACACAGCCGGACAGAAUUUACUGCUGGAAGUGCAAAAGAAGAAAUGAGCUUGUGAUUCGGAUGGUUGCCUGUGGAUGUGAACGACCCUACGCUGACCUGGUGUACAUGCCUGAAGUGCCUGUAUUCACUCACAGAAGCAGGUUUUCCAAUCUAUUUCCUGGCCUGUUUAACUUAAAUCCACUCGAGAUGGAGUAAUGCUUUGACUACUGCAGGGGAAGCACAGUGAAUGCAGUGCAUAUUUAGCCUUUAUAUACAUUAUGCAAUCACUGCAUGAAACUGAAAAUAUAGCAUUCAACCAUUGUUUUACAAGGACUAUGCAUUUGUAUGUAUUUCCACUAGCAUAAGAGAUUUUCACGAUCAACUACUGUUGUAGUUGAAGAUAUAGUUCACCCAAAUUACAAAAUUACAUUGGUUUACUUACAGACUUACUCUAUGCAUUCUAUGAACGAGGUAGGACAGCAAUCCAUGCAUUGUGUUUGUUUACCUGGUCACUGUUUCAAAUGCUAACUUUUUAGCAUUUAUGGCACAAAUCCAAUGCAAGUAUAUCGUACCUAUAUUAGCAUUCCCGCACUUAAUGUCCAAAUCAUUUUAAGUGAUUGGGAGUCCCAUAGGGCGGCGCACAAUUGGCCCAGCGUCGUCCGGGUUUGGCCGGUGUUGGCCGUCAUUGUAAUUAAGAAUUUGUUCUUAACUGACUUGCCUAGUUUAAAUAAAGGUUAAAUAAAUUUUAAAAAUGAACAUUUUAUGGGUAUUUUCAUUGAGUCGAGGAAAGUAACACUAUACCAGAGAAACAGAUGGUUACCGUAUUAUUAGUGAAUUUAAGAGCAUAUUGAAACAUUACCACCUGUAUCACCUAACAUGUUGACAAUUCUAUCAGUAAUGCAUAAUCUUUAAUGUCAUUUUUUUUCACUAAUUAGGAUUCAGGAAACAAACGGGACAAAUCAAACUUUCAUCCUCCCUGAUGGGGGCUGAAUUGGAUGAUACCAGCUGUAAAACUAGUUGCUUUCCAUUGUCCUGUUGUUGCUUCAAUUACGGAAUGUUUGAACAUCUUUUUUGUUAAAUUUAUCUUUGGAAUAUCAAUGCUUUUGCAGUGGUGACACAAGUUAGUGUGGGUGUUUUACAUUUCAGCAAUGUCAUCUGGGUAUAUUGGUGAUGGCAGCACUUUUUUUCAAUUCUGUGAAAUGUUGGAACACUUACCUCAUGGUGCAAAAUAAUAAAGAUAUGACUUUA